AUGAAAGCUCAAAUAAUUCACAACACCUACAUCGUAGGCACAAACAUUUUGAAACUGGGAUUCAUUGAGAUCUGGGGAGUGGGCAGUACCCCCAUCACUGGUGUCAGCAUCUCUGUGAAUGGCGGGACCAUCACACCAAACUUCAAAUACGACCUUACAACACAGGAGAUCUGUAGCUGGCAUCUCCGGUGUUGCUGGAAUCCUGUGGCGGAUACCAAUGUCCCCUGGUGCUUCUUCCCCAGGAACUGGGGCUAUAAAGUCAUUAGUGACACCCCAAACACAAGCACAGAUUUUUCUGUCAAUUUGGAAAGGCUGCCAUCCCCAACUAUGUUUGGAUAUGAUGUCAACAACGUUAUCUUCAGUGCUACAUAUCAGACAUCUAAUCGUCUACACUUUAAGAUCACUGAUCAAAAUAGCAAACGAUACGAAGUCUACCAUGAAAAUAUUGAUAAUAUUAAUAAGCUGAGAGAGAAGGCUAACAUCUCCAAUUUCAACUAUCAAGUAGAAGUCAUUAAUAGUCCCUUCAGCAUCAAAAUACUGAGGACAAGCAACAAAAAAGUCUUGUUGGACACGAGCAUAGGUCCCCUCCAGUAUGCCCAUCAGUACCUGCAGCUGUCUUUCCGCCUGCCCAGCACUAACGUGUAUGGGCUCGGGGAACACAACCACCGGCAGUACCGUCAUGACAUGAACUGGAAGACCUGGCCCAUCUUCACUCGGGACUCACCCCCCACCCAGGGCACUAAUCUGUAUGGGGCUCAUACAUUCUUCCUAUGCCUUGAAGACACCAGCGGCUCCUCGUUCGGUGUUUUCCUGCUCAACAGCAAUGCCAUGGAGGUCACCCUUCAACCUGCUCCAGCUAUCACCUACCGUACAAUUGGGGGAAUUCUGGACUUUUAUGUAUUCUUGGGAAACACUCCAGAGCAAGUCAUUCAGGAAUACCUGGAGCUUGUUGGAAAACCUUUCUUGCCUUCCUACUGGAGUCUUGGCUUCCAGCUUAGCCGCAGGAAUUACGAUGGCAUCGAAGGAUUGAAAAGGGUUGUGAGCCGAAACCGUGACGCUGGGAUCCCAUAUGAUGUGCAGUACUCCGACAUUGACUACAUGGAUGGGAACAAAGAUUUCACCUAUGACAAUAAAAGUUUCUCUGGUCUCCCAGAGUUUAUCAAUGAGUUACACAGCAAUGGACAGAAAUAUGUCAUUGUUAUGGGCUACCCCGGAUUGACAAUCUUUCCUGACUUCAGUAAUCCAUCAAGCUUUUCAUGGUGGACACAGCAGUUCACGGAAUUCCAUGAAACUCUGCACUUUGAUGGAGUCUGGAUUGAAAUGGAUGAAGUAUCUAACCUUCACGAAGCCUCUGAAAAUAAGUGUGAACAAAACAACUUGAACGUUCCUCCUUUCAUUCCUCGAGUUCAGGACCAUGUGCUUUCCGAGAGAACCCUUUGCAUGGACACAGAGUUUCAUAGGGGCCUUCACUAUGACGUCCACAGCUUGUAUGGCUACUCCAUGGCCCAGGCCACAGAUUCGGCCAUGGAGGCUGUCUUCUCAAGUACAAGGAACUUCAUCCUUUCCCGCUCUACUUUUGCUGGCUCUGGCAAGUUUGCUGGUCACUGGUUGGGGGACAAUGCAGCCACAUGGAAUGACCUACGGUGGUCCAUUCCUAGCAUCCUUGAGUUCAACCUAUUUGGAAUCCCCUUGGUAGGAGCCAAUAUCUGUGGUUAUGAGGGUAAUACCACAGAGGCCCUCUGCAGAAGAUGGAUGCAGCUUGGAGCAUUUUAUCCACUAUCCAGGAAUCACAACGGGCCUGGAUUCAUGGACCAGGACCCGGCAUCCUUUGGACCUGAUUCCAUGCUGCUGUUGUCCUCCCUGCACUACCUGAACAUCCGAUACAUGCUGCUGCCCUACCUUUACACCCUCUUCUACUGCGCUCACACGCGAGGGGAUACUGUGGCCCGACCUCUGCUGCAUGAGUUCUACCAGGACCCCAGCACCUGGGAUGUGCACGAGCAGUUCCUAUGGGGGCCUGCUCUCCUCAUCACACCUGUUUUACAUGCAGACGAGGACCCAGUGAGUGCCUACAUCCCAGAUGCCAUCUGGUAUGAGUUUGAGACAGGAGUGGCCAUCCCAUGGAGGAAGCAGCAGGUGCAGAUGACAUUCUCCAAAGAUAAGAUAGGACUUCACCUUCGAGGGGGCUACAUAGUCCCCAUGCAGACCACAAACACCACCACAGAGACCAGCCGGAAGAAUUUCCUGAGCCUCGUCAUUGCCUUGGACCACAGGAGAGAAGCAAAGGGGGAGCUGUACUGGGACAAUGGUGUAUCCAGAGACGCUGUGACCAAAGAGAUCUAUCUGCUGUACAGUUUCUCGGUGGCCUCUGUAGUGACCAUCACUAAACUCCAGGGACUGGUCCUGGGACAAGAGUUCUCCAUUAAGUGGAAGCUUCCCGUCAGUGACCUGGAGAAGUUUGACUGUUACCCGGGGGAUCCAUCUGUGUCGCAGGAACAAUGCGAGCAGCGGGGGUGCCUAUGGGAGAAUACAGGUGUUCCUGGAGUCCCCCUCUGUUAUUACGACACCAUCCCCAGCUAUGCUGCCAGUAACAUCACAUACUUGUCCACGGGCAUCACCCUGGACCUGACACUUCUGCCAGACCCCCUGGAUCCCUCUCCAACAGCAGGCAUGCACCACUUACCCCGGGCCCCCACUGCUGACCCUCUCUCUGCCAAGAUCACCACCCUCCAAGUGAGUGUGGUCUACCACACAGAAAGCAUGCUGCAGUUUAAGAUCUACAAUUCCACCAACAAAAGGUACGAGGUCCCUAUGUCUCUGAACACCCCAGACAUCCCAUCAGGCUCCCCUGAGCAGCGACUGUAUAAUGUCAAUAUCCAGACCAGUCCUUUCGGAAUCCAGAUUCAACGGAAGAGCUCUGGCACUGUCAUCUGGGACUCUCAACUCCCGGGCUUCACCUUCAAUGAUAUGCUCCUCUCCAUUUCCACUCGCCUGCCCUCCAACUAUGUCUACGGUUUUGGGGAAAGUGAGUCAGAAACCUUCAGAAGAAACAUGAGCUGGCACACAUUGGGAAUGUUUGCUCGGGACGAGCCUCCAGGGUACAAGAAGAACUCCUAUGGCGUGCACCCUUACUACAUGGCACUGGAGGAGAAUGGCAGUGCCCACGGUGUGCUCCUGCUCAACAGCAAUGCCAUGGAUGUGACACUUCAGCCAACACCUGCCCUGACGUAUCGUACCAUAGGAGGGAUUUUGGACUUUUAUGUGUUUUUGGGACCAACUCCUGAACUUGUAGCCCAGCAGUACACUGAGCUGAUUGGCCGACCAAUGAUGCCUCCAUACUGGGCCUUGGGAUUCCAGCUGAGUCGCUAUGGAUACCACAAUGACAUUGAGAUCUCUGAUUUGUAUGAUGCGAUGAUGGCAGCCCAGAUCCCCUACGAUGUACAGCACAUAGACAUGGACUACAUGGAUCGGAAGCUGGGUUUCACCCUCAGCCCCAAGUUCAAAGGCCUUGCCCAACUCAUUGACAAAAUGAAGGCACAGGGCAUGAGAUUUAUUCCCACUCUGGACCCAGCCAUUUCUGGCAAUGAGACUGGGUAUCUGCCCUUCACCAGGGGGCAGGCAAACAAUGUGUUCAUCAAAUGGCCUAACACCGGUGACAUUGUCUGGGGGAAGACAUGGCCAGAUCUGCCCAAUGUUAAUGUGGAUGGAUCCUUGGACCAGGACACUCAGGUGAAGUUGUACAGGGCCCACGUGGCAUUUCCCGACUUCUUACGUAACAGCACAAGCACGUGGUGGAAGAAAGAGAUCCAAGAGCUCUAUGAAAACCCUCGGGAGCCAGAGAAGAGCCUGAAGUUCGAUGGGCUGAGGCUGGAUAUGAACGAGCCAUCAAAUUUUGUGGAUGGAUCUGUCUGGGGCUGCCGGGAUGACAUUCUGAAUAACCCUCCCUAUAUGCCGGCUCUGGAGUCCAGGAACAGGGGUCUGAGCAGCAAGACCCUGUGCAUGGAGAGUCAGCAGGUGCUGGCAGAUGGCUCCCCGGUGCGGCACUAUGAUGUGCACAGCCUGUAUGGAUGGGCGCAGACCAGGUCCACCUACAAAGCUGUGCAGGAGGUGACAGGGCAAAGAGGUGUCGUCAUCACCCGCUCCACCUUCCCGUCUUCUGGCCGCUGGGGAGGACACUGGCUGGGAGACAACAGGGCCAUGUGGGACCAACUGAGGAAAUCCAUCAUUGGUCUGAUGGAGUUCAGUCUCUUUGGAAUGCCCUAUACAGGAGCGGAUAUCUGCGGGUUCUCUGGAAAUGCAGAAUACGAGAUGUGUAUCCGCUGGAUGCAGCUGGGGGCUUUCUACCCCUUCUCUCGGAACCACAACACCAUGGGGACCAGGAGACAAGACCCUGUGUCCUGGAAUGCCACCUUUGAGGACAUCUCCAGGAGUGUCCUGCAGACCAGAUACACCCUGCUGCCGUACCUCUACACCCUGAUGCACAAAGCCCAUGCUGAGGGCAGCACUGUGGUCCGACCUCUUUUCUAUGAGUUUACAGAAGACAAGCAGACCUGGGACAUUGACAAUCAGUUCAUGCUGGGUCCUGGCAUCCUGAUCAGCCCUGUGCUGACGAGUGGCACGACUGCUAUCUCUGCUUACUUCCCCAGAGCCCGUUGGUACGACUAUAGCACGCAACGUGGUGAGGAAUCGGUUGGUAGGUGGAAGCUCCUGAAUGCUCCCCUGGACCACAUCAACCUUCAUGUCCGAGGAGGCUACAUCCUACCCUGGCAGGACCCUGCCAUGAACACUAACUACAGUCGAAAAAAAUUCAUGGGGUUGACUGUUGCCUUGGACAGCGAAGGGAAAGCUCAUGGCCAGAUGUUCUGGGAUGAUGGAGAAAGCAUUGAUUCCUAUGAAAAUGGAAAGUAUUUUUUGGCAAAUUUUACAGCAUCUCAGGACACCUUGCAGAUCCAGACCAUACACAAUAACUAUUUGAAUGGCUUGAAUACCCUGAAGGUUGGCUAUAUUAGGAUCUGGGGGGUGAACUCUAGUUACGUCACUGAAGUCAAGGUCACGCAUGACAACCAGCAAUUCACGGUGACCAACUUCGUGAGUGAUCCUUACAAUCAGGAGCACUGCUUCAUCUCUGACAAGUACAACUGUUGCUGGUCCCAGUACGACUACGUUCAUUACCCCUUUUACAAGUACCGUGAAUGCUAG